AUGGCAGACGAGGUUUUGCAGCAGUUGACUGGUGCAAUCGCACGAUUGGAUAAUGGCGUCGUUGGCUUGAAACCCCCAGACACGCUACAAGAAUUGAAUGCUGAGCAAUUUAAAAAAUGGGCACAAAGUUUUGAGAUUUAUCGCGUAGCAUCAGGAAGUGAUAAAAGUCCAGAGGAAGUACAAAUUGCAUUAUUAUUACAUUGUAUGGGAAGAGUGUGCAUUGACAUAUAUGACACAUUUACGUUGACUGAGGAAGAGGGAAAGAGCUAUAAAGCGGUUUUGGAGAAGUUUAUGAAUCACUUCAUACCAUUAAAAAAUGAAAGUGUAAAUUCCCAUCUAUUUUUUACAAGAAAUCAGAGUGAAGGGGAAGCCUUUGAUACCUAUUUAACAGAAUUAAAGAGGCUGAGUAAGGACUGUGAGUUUGGAGAAUUGAGAGACAGAUUAAUAAGAGACAGAAUUGUAGCAGGCAUUGGAAAUAAGAAAUUGAAAGACAGGUUACUGAGAGAACUUGAUCUUACACUGCAAAAGACAGUUCAGAUUUGUAAAGCAGCAGAGUUGGCCAGUGAGCAAGUGAAAAAAAUGGAUGGACAAGCAGAGGUUCAAAUGAUACAAAAGAAACCUGAUAACAAAGCUGGGAAUGGACAUGGACAAGAGAAAAAAUCAAACACAGGUGGAACGAGACAAAAUUUCAGUGGUAACAGUAGUAACUGGAGACCCCAGAAUAGAUACAAAAUGUGGAGACCUCAGAAUAAUGCUUCUAAAAAUGGUUUGGGUAGUAUCAUUUUGCAAGAUGAAAAACCAGUGGCUUAUGGGUCCAGAUCAUUAACAGAGACUGAGAAGAAUUAUAGUCAGAUUGAAAAAGAAAGUUUGGCAAUUUUGUAUGGCUCAAGAUUACAGAAGAUAAGAUUGGCCAUACUGCCUUACAGUGUUGAAUUGAAGUAUAAACCUGGUAAAGAAUUAGUCAUAGCAGACGACCUUAGUCGCUCAUAUUUGAAUGAUACUUCUCAAACAUAUGAUUUGGGAAUUGAAGCUCAUGUAGCUAUGAUUGAUGAGAGUUUUAAUAUAACAGAUAAUAAAGUGCGAGAAAUUAGAGAUGAGACAAGCAAGGACGAAGAGCUUAAAACUGUCAGAGAGUAUAUCAAAAAUGGUUGGCCAAAUAAUAAAUAUGAUGUAAAUAAUAAUGCUAAAGGACCGAUGAUAUGUAAAGAAGUUCCAAAUGGACCAUGGGAGAUUGUAUUUGCAGAUAUAUUUUUUCUCUAUGGAAAUCCUUAUAUUUUAAUAGUAGAUGCAUAUAGUAAAUAUGUAGAGAUCAAACAGUUGAGAAAUUUAUCAGCAGGUUGUACGAUUAAUAACAUGAAAGAGAUAUUUGCGAGACAUGGUGUACCAGAAGAGGUGUAUUCAGAUUCAGGAACUCAGUUCACAAGUCGAGAGUUUCAAAUAUUUGCUAGGGAGUGGAAUUCUGUGCAUAAAAUUAUUAGUCCAAAGCAUCAUAUUGGAAAUGGAAAUAUACCAGUGUCAACUGACGGUAAAACUCCAGCAGAAUUGUUAUACAAUAGAAAAGUGAAGAAUGUGAUUCCAAACUGGAGAGCUGAUGGUAAUUAUAACAAGGAAGAAUUCAGAAAUGAGUUAUUGAGAAGGCAACAAAAACAAAGAGAUUAUUUUGAUAAACACAGCAAGCGAUUGCCAGAGUUGAAGAGAGGUGAGGUAGUUCAAAUUCAAAAUGAAAAUAAUCAGAAACCUCACAAAAGUGGAGUGAUUAUUAAUCGAGAUGAAAAUCCAAGGGCUUAUCAGAUUAAAGAUGAACAUGGAGAAGUUUUGAAGAGAAAUAGAAAGAUGCUGAUUAGAGGCGGUCACUAUAAUGAACCAGAUGAGUACUUGGAGGAAGAUAGCGAGGGAAAUGUUGAUAAUCAAAAUCAGGGUGAAAACGAUAAUUCAAAUGCAAUAAAUCAAAAUAAUAAUUCAGCUGCAAAUGAACAGGAGAGGCCUGGAGUCUCAAGUCGAGCUCAAGGAACUAAUUACUGUACUAGGUCUGGUAGAGAAGUGAAAAAACCAGCUUAUCUUAAGGAUUACGUUUAA